AUGGAUGAAACAGCGAAAGCCGACGAAGAAAACUUCGUCGAGUACUUUAGGUCGGAAACACCUCCUACGACCGGUUCAGCCAGCCUUGAGGAAGAGGUGGCUCGACCGACGACAUCCACACAGCAUUCUUACAAUUCCAAUUCAGCAACUGGGCCCCAAAUGACUUACUCCUCGCUUGUGGCAGGCAGUGAUGUUUCUCCUGGACAAAAUGUUGGUGGUGCGAAGCUUGACGACGACGACGAUGCACGCCUCCCAUUUCGGUACUCGAAAGAACAGAUGCUUCAAGUCUGGAGGGAUGGUGGCGGCCAAGGCGAGCUCAAUAUUGAAGUGGAAAGGUGGCCUGGUAUUGUUCGCGAACUUGUCGUUGAGCCUGCUGGGUUGAGGGAAUGGACAGCGGAAGAACGCAAGCCAGAACUAUGGCUACAGCUCUUCUGCUCGACGCCAUACCCAAACGCUCGGUUCCAUACAGACGUCCUCCACAGGCCUUGCU